UGGAUAAAAACCCACGCUUUACUUGCUCGCUCGCCUUUGUUUGUGAGACCAGAGGCCGGCGGUCACAUGGCGACCAAUCGCCGACUCCUCCUCUCCCUCCUCGCCGUCGCCUUCUUCCUCUCCGCGGCCACAUCGCUCGCACGUGCCGGUUCCGGAUCAGACUUCGAGGAUGCGAACCCGAUCCGAUACGUUACCGAUCGGGACGGAUCUACAGAGUCCGCCCUCCUCCGCGUCCUCGGCGGCUCCCGCCACGCCCCCCACUUUGCCCGCUUCGCUCGCAGGUAUGGGAAGAGGUACGAGUCAACGGAGGAGAUGAUGCGGAGAUUUCGGAUUUUUGUGGAGAAUUUGGAGCUCAUCCGGUCCACCAAUAGGAAGGGCCUACCGUAUACCCUGGGGAUCAACCGAUUCGCGGAUUGGAGCUGGGAGGAGUUCCAGGCGAGCCGCCUGGGAGCGGCGCAGAACUGCUCUGCUACUCUGGAGGGCAACCACAGGCUGACCGACGCGGUGCUCCCUGAAAUGAAAGACUGGAGGGAGGAGGGAAUUGUCAGCCCGGUCAAAACUCAGGGCCAGUGUGGAUCCUGCUGGACUUUCAGCACUACUGGGGCACUUGAGGCAGCAUACACACAGGCAACAGGAAAGAGUAUCUCUCUGUCAGAGCAGCAGCUGGUUGACUGUGCCAAUGCAUUUAAUAACUUUGGAUGCCAUGGAGGGUUGCCUUCUCAGGCUUUCGAAUACAUAAAGUACAAUGGGGGCCUUGACACUGAAGAGUCAUACCCAUAUACUGCAGCCAAUGGCAUCUGCAACUUUAAGCCAGAGAAUGUUGGUGUCAGAGUCGCUGAUUCCAUCAACAUAACCCUGGGGGCAGAGGAUGAACUAAAACAUGCGGUUGGAGUGGUCCGUCCUGUUAGUGUUGCAUUUCAAGUGGUUAAAGAUUUCAGAUUCUACAAGGGAGGAGUUUACUCCAGUGAUACCUGUGGCAGCACUCAAAUGGAUGUAAAUCAUGCUGUUCUGGCUGUUGGUUAUGGGGUCGAGGAUGGCAUUCCAUAUUGGUUGAUCAAGAACUCAUGGGGAGAAGAUUGGGGACUAGAUGGCUACUUCAAGAUGGAGUUGGGAAAGAACAUGUGUGGUGUUGCAACUUGCGCUUCCUACCCUAUUAUUGCUGAGUAACAUAAACUGAAGAAAUAGAGGCAUUUGCAGUUGCUUGGAAUUGUAAAGCUUUCAGUAUUUAUGUCUCCUGAACUUCUAUUGGCAUUGUAUAAUUUAUAGAGGGGACCAUACAUGGUCAUUUGAACUUGCUGUUCCUCUAUUUGAUGCUGAGUUGAUUAGCCCUUUAUCUGUUCCA